AUGACGAGCCAACUUUAUCCUACUGUUGGGCUGAAGGGCUUUAGAUCUAAUGCAGACGUUGAGGCGUAUCUCACGGCUUUUAGUGCCGACGAGUUCGACACCUAUUUUCAAUAUUAUCAUCCAGACAUUCAUAUCGACAUUCCCCUCAUUCCGGGGCCCAAGAACAUCAGCGGCUAUCAUCAAUGGAAGAUCAUCUUCGACCGAGAUGGCGCACUGGUCGUGGUAGAAGUACGAGCGGAGUUCAGAGGACAGAAGGGAGUAGAGAUGGACGACUUUUUCGGAUGGGGCCCUGUGUCCGAGGGGACUGGCCCUGACGUCAAAAUGAUUGUGUUCUACCACCUCGACGAGGAAGGGCGGGUGCUUCACCUUGAGCCUGGAGCCACAAGUCUACUGAGCAAGGCAAAAGCAACUGAUCAAGCAUCCUUCCGAACCAAGGAUGACGUUAAGACGUAUAUCGGCCUCUUCAGCAGCAACGACUUUGGCAAAGCAUCCGAGUUCUGGGCGACGGACCUUGAAGUGCACCUUGGGAAGAUCCAGGUCAUCCAAGGACGGGAGGAGAACGUCCAGUUCUUUUCUGAGCAGCGCCGUGCCGGCAUGGACGAAAAUUUCGUCCCAAAGCAGAUCACCUUGGACGAUAGCUGUUGCGUUCUCCACGCUGCAGUUAUCUUCACCGCACGAAAAGACUUCCCAGAGGGAUAUGCGGGAAUGGGCACGGCUGCAGGAGGUAUCAAGACUGGCCAGCGUAUUUGGAACGAGAUGAUGAUCUGUUAUGAUCUGAACGAUGACCGCCGUGUGAGAGUUGUCAGGACUUACCGCUUGGGUGAGCCGGUGAUUUCGGGGCCGGAAUAG